GGCUUGAAUCGGUUUUUUUUUAAUCCAUUUGGGGAGGGAAGCAGCUGGAGUCUGAAACAUGAGUAUUCGAUGUGUUUACAUUAAGGAACUAAAUAACUUAUUUCGUAUAUUUUCAUGGCAACGUUCAACAUAUGGUUAGAGGGAACAACAACACGGCGACUCAAACGCUGAUGUCAUUGUUGGCUGUCUGUUUACUUUCCGUUUUGGCGCGCGUGAGGAUCGAAAGUCAUCGGCGUUGGUGUGAUGAAGAUGGGCACCACUUCACUCUCUGAUCGCGACACAGACCAAAAAAGGGGAUCACACUGAACUGCAUGGCGAUACAACCAGUUCAACAGAUGGAGAGCUGCAAACGGGUUUUCCAGAUCUCUGGGAUCAAAGUGCGGGAUAAGAAGAGAGUUUUGAUUAAGGGCAUCUAUCAGCUGGGUGGAAAAUACAUUGGCGGCUCAGCAUAUAAGCACUGCACCACUCAUCUCAUAAUCCCCCAGGUUUUGCCCAGUGAGAAGUUUUUCGCAGCUUGUGCAGCAGGAAAGUGGGUUGUGACUCCCAAGUACGUGUUGGAAAGCAUGAAAAAUGGCUCCUGGCUGCCCGAGGGAGCCUACGAAGUGGCAAUUUGCACAAGCUCCUCCGCCGCCUUUUACCCCGUCAGACAGUGGAGGGAAAAGGUGAGCAGAGGUAGAGUUGCCGGUGCCUUCCAGGACUGGAGAGUCCUUCUUAUGGUCCAAGAACCCGGCAGAAGAGCCAUGUUCAAACGGCUGCUGAAAGCUGGCAAGGCGGAAGUGUACGACUGUCCUCCUGUCUACACUUCCAUCACUCAUGUCGUGGCCAAACCUGUUACGGAGAAAUCCAAGUCCUUUAAUGCGCCCUGUUACCCUGUGAGCCACAUAGUCCAACAUCUCUUCGGGAGCAAUCACGUGGAUAUGAAUUUCAACAAAACCGAAGAUCAUCCAUCCGAGACUAAAGCCGCCCGUCUUGAUUGCUUCUCUAAUUUGGAGGCAGAUCUCAGGGGCUUUGCUGUCAAAAAAGAGGAGCGGCCAAGGCUGUGGUUCUAUGAAUUUCUGAGUUGCGGCGACCCUCGCCGUCCCCACACACAGGCGAUCGUGGAAGACAUCACCAACGUUGCCAGUAUGAUAGAGUGCGGCCUAUUCAGCGAGGCCUUGGACUCAAUCAGAAGCUCCGUGCUUCCGGGCCUGUUGCCACCGGCGACGUACCUGAUCUCCCUCUUGGAGUACGCACAGCAGGGUAACGCCUCACCCCUCUUCCUGCGAGAUCUGCGGCAGGUUAUGGAAAACCUGCUCUUUAGCAAUCCUCCGUGGCUGGCUUCCACUGCAGGGAGACGCUUCUACUGCCAGCUGCUGCAGUGUCCUCAGUGCAAGAUGGGCCUGUGGCCUCUUUUAGAGACGGCUGUCCGAUACUGCCUGACCGGCAGCGGCACCUGUCACCCGCACCCCGGACCCGCCGUGCCAGGCCUGCUACAUUUCUACGCUGACAUCCUGGCGUUUUGCCUCAAGUUUCUCAAGGCUGAACUUCAUUCCAUCACCGGCGGGGACUCGGUGCCCCCUCAGCAAGCACAAGCUCCAUCUGCACCAACCUGCAACUUCCUGCUGUACAGAACCUUCUGGACGGUGUGGGAACGAACCACGCUGUUGUCCCCCACCGUGAAGAAGCUUCUUCAGCUCGUAACGGAAGCUGCCGUCGUGGACUUUGCCGAGGGAGCAGAGAAGCGGGAUCUGUAUCUGGCCGACACGCUGCUGGACCUUCUGUCUGUCUUGGUGGAGUUUUGGUGUCAGCGGCACUUCAAACUGAAUCAGAGCCGGGUAGAAAAAGGCCUGAAAGACCUCUCGGAGCACCUUGCUGUUGUUAGCCAGGAUCUAUCUCCAGACGUUUUGGUAGAGCUCGUUUGCAAAGUUCGCUCCUCCAGGCUAAGGUUGGUCGUAGCAGACGCCAUCUUCAGGAAUCUGUGCUGCAGGAGUGGGGUCACUGUUGGAGAUGAUCCUUUCUCUCUCAGUAAAAUGGUGCAGUCUUACCUGCCCGCCCUGGGAACUUUAGCUCAGAGUCCCAGCAUCGCUUCCUACAAGACCGGCCAACCCUCCCACAGCUGCAGGAGUCAGGGAACGAGCAGAGCCGAGAGCCAGUCGGUGACUGCAACGAGCCCCGAGCGAGAAAACGGCCCUAGAGGCUUGAGCAGAGUCAACGCAGCAGGAGAGACCCUCCUACACAGAGCUUGCAAGAGGAACCAAGUGGAAACGGUGCUUCAGAUCCUGGCGCUUCCUGGCACAGACGUCAAUGUUAAAGACCAUGCAGGCUGGACUCCUCUCCAUGAAGCAUGCAACCAUGGCAGCACUGAGAGCGUGAGAGCCUUGCUGCAUCACCGCCCCGCCCCUGUCCUAACCGACCAGGUCGGCGGAGUCAGUCCGCUGCACGAUGCCUUGCUCAACGGACACCUGGACAUAGCCAAAAUGUUACUGGAACAUGGAGGCUCAGUGCUCCUCCAGCAGACUGACGGAGACGGACAAGCUCCGCUGGACAUGGUCUCUGCGCCGAGUCAGAGGGAGGAGCUCCUCCGCAGCGCUCAGGUCGGCGAUUCGGCCCGCACGAACAAAGACAAAACGCAGGUUUUCAACCUUCCUCUCUUGGAGGCCGGAUCCUACCUUCUGGGCCAUCUCAUUUUCUCCUACCUGCUGGAUAGGGGUCUGCCCGGCCUUAUGCAGUUGGGGGACAGGCCCCACGCCCUGGUCUGCGAGCUGGUCGGAGCGUUGGACCAACACGGCCUCCAGAAAGUGACUGUGGACUGGACAGACCAGCGGGCGGUGAGGCUGGCAGGAGAUGUAGAGACGUUGUUGAAGCUGAGCCGGGGACUCCAUAAGGAGCAGGUGUCUCUUGCUGUGAAGGAGUGCAGAGGAGAGAAAACAGUCUUCUUGAUGGAAACACUUGAGAGCCUAAGUUCUCGAGGCAAAGCACUGUUAGCUGAUUUGUAAGAAAACAAAGAUUAAUGACCUGGAAAAAAAGUUGCACAUUUUCUCAUCCAGGGGUUUUGUGUACAGUGAUGCGAUCUCCGGACCCACUGACCCUGAUUUGUACACGUUGGUAUAAUAUGACCUUCAGAGUUUUUUUGGUGAUCUUGGGAUUUUGAGUAAUUUCUACCAUGUAUAUAAAGUUUGCCUGAAGUAGAGUCUGUGUUUUGUUAUAUUGUUUGACGUUGAAAGAAAAGUUUAUUUUUUUUAAUAUAUCUCCAGUUGUACAGUAUUUUUCAGACUAUAAGGUGCACUUUAAAUCCUUCCGUUUUCUAAAAAAUUGCGUUUUAUAAUCCAGUGCACCUUAUAAUCCGAAAAAUACGGUAUAUUGUUUACAUGAACACUAACAUUACCAUUAGGACUAACAACCAACUGUUUAAUGUUAAUAUUAUUUUUACCUUUCUUGUUGUUUUCUAUUUUAUAAAUAAAACAUCUACCCAUCCAU